AUGUCUAAUAAUCAAGAAGAAGACACAACCGAAGAAUUUCGACAACCUCCAGUUCCAAACCUCCAAAUGCAAGCGAUGUUAGGGGAGAUGAGGCGUAUGUUGAGGGCUGAAUUAGAACCUAUUCACGAAAGGUUGGACAGGGUAGAAGCGGAAACUCCUAGGGGCCAGCAACAUGACAUCCACAAUAGGCAGCAUGGUGGGCGUGGUCCGUGGCGGAAUGUUGAUGGAGAGGCGGAGUCGGAGGAGUUUGAUGAGCAAUAUUUGAACCGAGGCAGGAUUGAGCGUGGGUAUAGAAAUAGAGAAGCUAGGAUGGGUAGGCCUAGGAGGGAUAACGAUUUAGGAAAUAUAAAGAUUAAAAUCCCAUCUUUUCAAGGUAAAAAUGAUCCUGAAGUUUAUUUUGAGUGGGAAACUAAAAUGGAGAUGGUUUUUGAUUGUCACAACUACUCAGAGAUAAAGAAGGUUAAGUUGGCUGCAAUUGAAUUUACCGAUUAUGCCAUUGUGUGGUGGGAUCAAUUACUGAUUAAUAGGAGGAGGAAUAGAGAGCCACCCGUGGACACUUGGGAGGAAAUGAAAAUGCUUAUGAGGAAGCGUUUUGUACCCAGCCACUAUUAUAGGGGAUUGUAUCAAAAAUUACAGAGGUUAAUUCAAGGAUCUAAAAGUGUGGAUGAGUAUUACAAGGAGAUGGAGGUAGCUAUGAUCCGGGCAAAUGUAGAAGAGGACCGGGAAGCCACCAUGGCUAGGUUUUUGCACGGUUUAAAUCGUGAGAUUGCGGAUAUAGUCGAGAUGCAGCACUAUGUUGAGUUGACAAAUAUGGUGCAUCAAGCCAUAAAGGUGGAGGAACAAUUCAAACGAAAGGGAUUGGCUAGGAGGGGACUGCCUAUGGCUACAACCAGCUCGUGGAAGACAACUCCAAAAAGGGUUGAGCAGCAACAAAAUAAGCCAAAAUUUGAAUCCUCUAAGAAUGCCAACUUAAAGACCGCCACUACUUCAGGUACAAUCGAGACUUCAAGUUCUAAUACACGUGAUAUUAAAUGUUUUAAAUGUCAGGGGCGCGGACAUAUAGCCAGCCAGUGUGUAAACAAGAGGGUGAUGGUGAUAAAUGCCCAAGGAGAGCUUGAGUCAGAAAAUGAGGAAGAAGUAGAUAAUGAUGAUAUGCCAUCUAUGGAGGAUGCUGACGAUGAGCAAAAUGCUGUGGUUGGAGAUUUAUUGGUUGCAAGGCGAGUUCUCAAUGUGCAGGUUAAGGAGGAAGAAAGUAACCAAAGGGAGAACUUGUUUCAUACUCGGUGCUUUGUAAAUAACAAAGUUUGCAGUGUCAUUAUCGAUGGUGGGAGUUGCACAAAUGUAGCCAGCACUUAUUUAGUGGAGAAAUUGGCUUUAACUACCUUGAAACAUCCUCAACCUUACCGGCUUCAGUGGUUGAAUGAAUGUGGGGAAAUCAAGGUGACAAGACAAGUGUUGGUGGCAUUAUCCAUUGGCAAAUAUGAGGAUGAGGUGCUUUGUGAUGUGGUUCCUAUGCACGCAUGCCAUUUACUGUUGGGAAGACCAUGGCAGUAUGAUCUGAGGGUUACGCAUGAUGGAUUCACAAAUAAGUAUUCAAGAUGA